AUUGACACUUUUAGGGAAUUUGUUAUCCUGUGUAAGAUUCAACGUUGUGUAUUUAUCUCAUCCCAGUCACUGAGUUCCAAUACUACUCUAACCCGCCUCUGGUGAAGCAAAGCUCCUAUCUUCUCACAACCUAUAGCUAUCUCCAACUGGCAACCUGACCCCCCCCAUAACCUCUUACCAGUACCACAGAUAAUACUACCCCCAAUACGAACUUUUGUGAAAAAAUACCUGAGUCUGUAUCGAUGAUCUACCAACUGGAAAGCAUGGGACGAUGGACUGAGAGGCCUGGGAAGGUGUUGGGAUGGUGAGUCUUCUCCAAGUAGAAGUUUCCCGGGGGUAGAUCUAGGAUCUGCGUACCCUGCCCCAGUCCUAACCCUAACUGUUCAGGUGGAAACGGUUGAACUAACCUUUAAUCAGCAUCUAGGGUGUAUUUCCGUGUUUUUCUGAGGAGUAUGAAGUGGGUGUACCCUCAUCAGAGGUGUUGACAAAGUCUGCACUGUCCAGACACUUCUGUCUUCAUACACAGUCCCUCCUCCCCCUCUUUCACCUCUCUUCCCCUUUUCCCUUCGCUCCAGCCCUCACUAGCCCAUGCUUCAGGAGCUCUGGAGACUCCCAGUGCAGUCAUCCUCCUCACAGAGACAGGAAACAUGGCCAACUGCAGCAGCGUUUCCAGACUUGUCCUCAUGGCCCUCCUCGGCCUCUGGGUAGCCACCCUCCACUCAGAGACUGCGGCAGACCCCACACCCACUUUACAAGGGGACAACCAGGACACGCUGUCCGGAGAGGGGGCGUAUGAAGUCACCACCAAAGACCCCUUCCAGGAUAUGACCGAGAGUGUGUUGACCUUCGAAUACGAGGACACCACACACUCACAGGCCGUGGACGAGGAGGAAAGUGUUCUGGGCCCGGGUGCCAUCACAGCCAUCGUCAUCGCAGUCGUCCUGGGGGCUUCAGUCCUCCUCGCCCUCAUCGUCAUUACACUCAGGAAGUUCACUGCUUCCUAGAGCCACUUCCUCCUCUUUCUUUCAAUCUCUCUUUCACUUCUUUGUCACUUCCAUUCAUCUAUCUUUAUUGUUUUUCCCCAUUCUCUAAAUUCUCUCCCAUUCACUCUGUUUCCCUUACACACAUAUAUUGUGAAAGUGAAACCCUCUACAACCCUGGAUGCUAUAAUGGUAUGUGGCAGGUCCCUUUUGGCCUUGAAGAGCAACUGACAAUGAAAUACCUUCAGCCUCUAGCUACUAUAAUCAUGCUGUUCUUGUUGGCCCCCAUGUCCACUAUUACGUUGUCAAUUGGAGGUUUAAGUGGGAGUUAGGAUUUGCCCCUAAGAGGACAUUAGAGACUGGCAGGUUCUUCCAGUGUAACGUCAUAGCUUUAAUAAAAUCCCUUUUACUUUACUUGUAAUGAUCUGUGUGCCGAAAUGUUUUGUCCAGCUUUGAUUUGUUCUUGCUGAUCUUUGUGGAAGUAAUUUUUUUUCUGACGGUUCUGUUGUGUGUUGCUGUAUCCUGUCUGUCUUUGUGUAUGAACGGGUGUGAUGAGUGUGUCUUUGUGAAGAUGAAUCCACCAUGUUCAUUACGUUGCUGAGUGCCUACUCCGUUUGGUUAAAAGUGAAGUGUUAUUGACAGUAGAAUAAAAAAAUGAAAUGAUUUACCAAAUGUACAACACAGAAUUCACUUGUAUGAUCAAAUGUUAUUUGGAAUGAUCUUAUCUCAUGAGAGAAUGUUUUCACAAUGCACACAAUGUGCUACCUUUCAUUGGCAAGUAGUCUUUUUUUAAUUUAAGAAACGUUUGCCAUUUUCCAUUGGAACAAACAUAUUGAUAGUGACCCAGAAUUAUAAUAUUUGAAUAUGAAAAUGCUGGCGUCGUCAAUAAAUAAACAUAAACAGGGUAUUUUUUAUUUUUUUUUAACCUGCAAAGCAAAUAACCUUGCCUAUUAAACGGCAGAAUGACUGUUGUGUUUGUGUUUUUGGGGGGGAUUGAUGGGAAGCGUUGUAUAAUAUUUAGAUUUUCUCUGUAUUACUCUUGCGUUUUACCAAUCAACUAACUAAUGCUUAUGUAAAACAAAUAUUCUUUAAGGUAAUAUCACCUGUUUUGAACUAUGGUUUAUAUUGUAUAAAUCACUUCCUACAACCAAA